ACGUGCCGCAUGGGUACCACUGGACGGCGAGUCUGAGAACAGAGCACACGAUAUUAUGAUAUUAUCUGCAGGUGCAAUAAAAAUACAAACCUACCGAAUUCGUUGGAAUACCCGCGUCGCGGUUCCUCGAGUCGAAUCCACGUAGUUUAAUUUUUUCCCUACCUAUCAUGCGCCGACCUACCUAUCGACCUACAUAGUCUGUCCCUCAACAAUCACGUUAUCCUUCUAGAAUGCCCAUCCCCCGAUGGCAGCUUGUAAACGAAUCAUCUUCCACCCGCGGUUUAUGACAGACGACCUCUCUAUACAGAUCCGGCUCGCAGCACCCCGCUGAUGAAUGAGGUGGAUGGCCGCGACAACAACUGCGUAUGAUACCACGAGGAACGACAUCAAUCCUUCUAAGCUGCGCGAGACCGGCCCAGCACUCAAUGCUCCAAUUCACCCGUCAUGGUACAUUCGAAACAACGUGUUCGCGGCGUCUCUCCGCCCCGGGAGGCGGAAGGCGAAACACGCAGUGACCAUCACCACAUCGACAACCUAGCGGACUGGUCGGUAGCUACUGCAGGAGACACGCUGCCACAUAAUGCGGAAUGGGCGGUAGGUGGUAAUAGUAAUAUGCGCACGCCAUUCAGGCCCAAUGUCAACAUGCAGAAUAACACUAUACGUACGGUUACACCUGAACCAGGCGAAAACGGCCAUGCCCCGGACACAAACAACAUCGCACAAGUGACCCGGGGUUAUGGUACCGCCUCUCCCCAGCAGAGCUCGCCUAGAUCCAUACCUGGCGGAGAAAGGAGGAGGCAAGGCAUGGUAUUCAAUGAUACCUAUAGCGAAUCUAUGGACAGCUCCUCCUCGAGCCCACCUAAGCAGAAUCCAAAAGCUGCUCCUCUUAGGCCACGUACCCAUACCAUGGACGGUGCGCUUGCGCAACGACAGGCAUCGUCGUCUCAGUCCGAUAGUCGACAUAGGUUAGGGUCUUUCUCCUCAUCCGGCUCCCAACCAUUUCUGGACACAGAAGUGCGCCCUCCUCCGACUGUGCUUGAAUCGGUGGGUUACCCGUCGGUUGCACCAACUAGACCGCCCGAUCUAAAAAUUACACCAUCGUCAAGCAAGGAAAAAAAGUCGUCCAAUAGGCGCCUGAUCAAACGUGGCGGUACUUCUCGACCUACAUCUCCCCUAGUAUCCCCGCCGCCCUCCGUAGACUCGUUACCGCUCCCGGUCCCUACAAACGAUGCGAAUAGGAUCCUUCUACUGAUGAAAACUCUAUGCGGCCGGAUGAAGGGAGAAGUAGAAUAUCAAAACGAGCCAAACGGCCCUUGGCACUUUGGGAUCUGCUAUAUCGACGAAGACCGAGGUAGUCUACUAUUCGACUCCGGUCAGACCGGACAAUUCCACAUUCCAGUGGUCGCCGAUUUGCGUGGCUGCAGGGUUCUACCCGCCGAAGGCCCAGACAACAAAGGAAAAUGUCUCGAGAUUCUGAAUAAUAAGAUGGGCGUGGAACUUUUACUUCGGCCCCUUUUAGAUGAAGAAUUCGACUUGUGGCUUGCCAGCUUACUUUGUUGGCAACAACUACGUCCCACGACGGUGAGGUUCGCCAACGGCAGAGGUACUAAUUCCCCCAGCUCUAGUCGAACUGAAAUGAGGAGGCGAGGAUCUUCGGCCGCCGGUGGUCCAUCUUCGAAAGAUGCGGCCAUCAUCAAAGUCGGCAAGGUGAUGCUGUGGGACAAAGGUACCGCUACAUCACCUCGCGCGAUCGUGAAACGGCCGUCGACCCGCGAUCUUCGUUCUGGCAUGACAUCGUGGAGGCGAGUAUCUUGUAUCUUACAGGAUAAUGGCGAAUUCAAACUGAUGACCGAAAACGACGUUGCCGUACUGUCAAUCAUCGAGUUGUCGCAAUUAUCCCGUUGCGCAAUACAGCAGCUGGAUAGAUCAGUUCUGGAGGAAGAAUUCUGCAUCGCCAUUUUCCCUAUCUACUCGUCCGCAUCGAGUCAACUUUCGAUAUUCCGGCCCGUAUAUCUUGCCCUAGACUCUAGAGUCCUCUUCGAGGUCUGGUUUGUGCUCCUACGAGCGUUCGCCGUCCCUGAUCUAUAUGGGAUCGAGUCGUCUACGGACCAAGUCACCGAGAUACGGCAGUUUGACAAAGAAUUUGAAGGGCAACUUUUUCGCUUGGAGAAGACAAUUCAGAUCAGGGUCACAGAAGCUAAGAUAAGGAAACAGAGCCCGAGCUCAGAACACUACGAUCGCCAUUCUAAAGAACGUGAUCCUUUAAUCGGCAAUUACCUUGCCGAAGUUAUUCUAGACGGCGAGGUUCGGUCCCGGACAACGACGCAACCCGAUACAAAGAACCCAUUUUGGCGAGAAUUUACUCAAUUCACCGAAUUACCUACUACAUUACCAUAUUUAUCUGUUAUUUUAAAACGAGUCGAUGGAAAUCUAGAAAGCAUCAGUCAUCAAGUCCAAGCGUCUCUAGGUCUUCCAAAGGCUGGGAAUCUGACGGAAGUUUUAUGUGGAGCGGUGGAUAUACCCCUUGAUAAGUUGGAGCGUGCAAAGGAUCAUGAACAGUGGUUCCAAGUCUGCGAUGAAAAGCAGGAGAGUAUUGGGAGCAUGUUCGUCAAGGUGAACCACGAUGAGCUAGUCGUCCUGGCAGCAAAGGAUUAUGAGACGCUAUCACAACUUCUACAUAAGUUCAGCGUCGGGUUGACGAGUCAGAUCGCCUUGGCUGUACCAUCCGCCAUGCGACGACUUGCAGAAUUAUUCUUGAACAUCUUUCAAGUGUCGGGGAGCUCUAGUGAGUGGCUCAUGGCCCUCGUCGAAGAAGAAAUCGACGGGAUUGGAAGUCAGAACAGCGUAAAGAGACUACGCUUCAGCCGGCGGUUAAAGUCUAACGAAUCUUCGAAUUCUGCUAGCGACAGAGAUCAGCUCGUCCGUGACAUGAAGUCUCUGGCUGGAGAGGCAAAUCUUCUAUUCCGAGGCAAUACCCUCCUCACCCAAGCUUUAGAAUUUCAUAUGCGCCGCCUAGGAAAGGAAUUCCUAGAAGAGAUCUUGGUGGAUAAGAUUUUCGAGAUCAACGAACUCAAUCCAGACUGUGAGGUAGACCCAAGCAGAAUUCAACACGGUGACGAAAUGCAGUCACAUUGGAGCCUAUUGAUAGAGCUGACGACUGAGAUAUGGGAGUGCAUCGCCGACUCCGCGACCAAACUACCGCUUGAGUUGCGACAGAUCCUGAAAUACGUUCGAGCCGUUGCGGAAGAUCGAUACGGUGAUUUUCUUCGAACUGUUAAUUAUACGAGCGUCUCGGGAUUCUUAUUUCUUCGAUUCAUAUGUCCGGCAAUAUUAAAUCCGAAGCUCUUUGGGCUCCUACGAGACAACCCAAGACCUCGGGCCCAACGAACACUAACUCUCAUAGCGAAAGGCCUCCAAGCUCUAGCAAACUUGUCCACAUUUGGCAAAAAGGAGAGUUGGAUGGAGCCUAUGAACAAGUUUCUAACUAUCCAUAGGCAGCCAUUCAAAGACUACAUCGAUCAGAUGUGUUCGAUACCAACCGAGCGUAAUUUUGCCUCUGUUCCUGCCUCAUAUUCCACUCCUGUCACGAUUCUCGGUCGCCUAUCGCCAAUAUCCCGAGAAGGCUUCCCCUCCUUGCCGUACUUGAUCGAUCAUCCUAGGAAUUACGCUGCAUUAGUCAAACUUUGGCUUGAGUCAAGCCAUAAAUCGAGCGCUACGGAUCCUUCGGAUUUUGAUGCGGAACUCGUGGAAUUCCACGUGAUCUGUCUAGACUUGCAGAAGCGCUCAGACGAAUGCCUUGCUAGGGUUGAAUCACUUCGCAUGGCAGAGGACGAAUCAGUAGGUACGGAAGACCUAGCCGAGGCUCUUGAAAAGUCGGCCCUUUUAGACACGGUCAAUCUCACAUACGGGAACUCGGCAGCAUGGAUGGAGAAUGAUCCGAACCAUGAUCCGUACCAUGAUCCGUACCGCGCACCAGGCUCGUCCGGCAGCGAACCGGAGAGCAGCGAUCGAUCAGCAUUCAAGAAUUUCAGAAGAGAGGGAAGACGCCAAGUGUCAGAAGCUAUGGAACUAGCAAAUCCGAUAGGGACAAUACGAGCAAAGGCCGGACAAGUGAGGAAUCCGCGAAGCUUUCUCCACGGCCUCAUAGGCGGCGGCAAGAAAGAAAAGGGGAAGGAGACGGCCAAUUCCCCGUCGACAAUGCGGGAUAAGAGCAGGGACAAGGAAGAGAAAACCAGCAGAAGUAUUCUAGGAACCUUUUCGGAGUCCUGGCAGAGCGAUACUAGCUCGAGGCACUAGUUAUGCCUUAACUCUGCAGGACAGCCCGAGUCCACGAAACCACCACUCCAAUUACAAGAGAAGCCGAGGCGAUCGGGAACCCGAUUGAAGAAACGGCCGCCACCUCAGAAAGAAGAGGGGCUGGCCAGUUCCUCAGGGUUAAGACACAGUAAUUCGGCUAAAGAACAUCACGCCGCCGCGUGAGGAAAAAAAAUAGAGGCAUAGACUGCCAGGGGUCAGAAGGACGGCGGCCCCCUUCCGA